GACUGCAGGGAGGGAAGGGGGAGGUGGACAACAGGAGGCCCCGCCCCCCCCCUUUCCCCUCAGAGCCCAGGGCCUGGCAGGCCUGGCAGAACAUUCCUGGCCCAGCCAUGGACAGAAACAGCUACUCACGGACAGGGCUCCAUGUGAGCAGCUCUACCCACCGGGGCUGCUGGUACUACCUGAAAUAUUUCUUCUUGUUUGUCUCUCUCAUUCAAUUCCUCAUCAUCCUGGGCCUGGUGCUGUUCAUGGUCUACGGGAAUGCCCAUGCUGGCACAGAGGCUCACCUGCAGGUGACAGAGAAGCGGGCUGACAGCCUGUCGGUGCAGCUGCUGUCCCUGAGUGCCCUCAAUGCCAACCUCUCCAAGGAACUGAACAUCACCACCCGCUCCCGAGAAGCCAUCAUGCAGCUGCUGGUGGGCAGCCGGCGGGACCUGGACCGCAUCAACUCCAGUUACCGCCAAUGCCAAGUGGAGCAGAUUCAGAACCAGAACAACAUGAGAUAUGUGAUUGCCAUCUUGAAGAGUGAAGAACUCUGUCGACAAAAGCUUGCAGAAGUCUCAAAGAACUACACAGCCCAGGUCCAGACCCUUGAAGAGAAGGCCAAGGCAGCCCAGGUGCAGCAGGAGGCCCUGAAGAUGACCUGUAACAAGGACAAGGAGGUCCUGAUAGCAGCCAAGGCAGCGGUUGAGGCCCAGAUCAAAGGCUGCAAUGAAGAAAAGAUGCAUAACUUUGGUGAGUACCAGCUGGUAGUGAGCGAGCUCCAGCAGGUCCGAGACCUGUGUGCUGGACUGGACAAAGAGAAGCUCAUCUCCAAGCUGGAGCAGGUAUGGCGGGAAUCCCUCUUGUACAAGUCUUUGGACAGCAUAUCCUUGCUUUACUUCAACCCGGAGGCUGACAAGGUGAUACAUCGCUGCAGAGAACUGCCCAGAAUCAUAUUGGAGAAGUCCGAGAACCUGGCCAGAGAACUUAAGAUAGGCAUCGAGCAGGUGGUAAGAAACACCGACCUGAAGCGUCAGAAGGAGGCCAGUGAGAAGGGCUUGGCGGCCUGCAGGGAGGAGAAGGAGAAGGUCACCAAGGAGACCCAGGAAAGGGUGCAGAAGAUCCAUGAAGACUGUGUCAAGCAGUCCCGGCUAGCCUUGGAAGAGAAGGCCACGCUGCAGAAGGAGAAGGAGGCCUUGGCCAAGGAGUUAGAGGAGAAGAAGAAGGAGCUGAUCUUGGUCAAAGGUCAGCUGGACAUCAACAAGUCCACCCUGGAAACCUGCAUCAGGACCAAGGCCCAGGGUACACUAUCCAUUCCUCGACCCCCUGGACCUGUUAACCCAGCUCCUAUUGACCCUGCUGGCCUAGAAGAAUUCAAGAAGAAGCUCCUGGACACUUAUCAGAAGGUUAGCAUACCUUCUGGAAACUCAGUCAGCGGCUGACGCAGUGGUGGCGGCAGAAGGAUCUGGCGACACAUCCCGGAGAGGAAGCCGAGCUCGACCUACCGUGAUGCUCGCCAGAUGUCCACGCGGCCCACAUGUCUCCCCCAGUACACAUGUAUACCCUGGCACAUAUACACACCUAGACACACACCCCUAGACAAUCCUCACACUUAGACACUCCCCUCCUCCCACUUCCCUGUUCCCACUCCCAGACAUACUUAUGCAGAUGCAUACUCGCGUACACACGUAUACACACUCACAGAAACACCCUUGCCUUGCAUACAGGCACCCACGGACCAUAGGAUCCACUCUGGGCCCGUUUGGGGCAUGGGUAGGAGACAAGCCCCUGGGUCUGGAAUGAUGGGGGGAGGGACUCUGUGCGUGGUCACUAAAUGUGUCCAUGGGUGCUAGGUAAGCCCAAGUAGGGGGAGAGGGAAACACGCACUCCCUCUUCUCCUUCCUUCCCGUUCCCCCGGGAUGCCCUGUUUGCUCCCGAUCUCCAGGGGCUCACACUUCACGCUCACUCUUGUCCUGUGGGCUCAGCCCACAGUUUCUCUCUGAACAUUUAUCAUUUGACUAAUGUAUCUAAGCGGCCGCUGUCUCCUCCUUAUCUUUAUUAUCUGUUAUCUCCACUGGCUGACACAUCAUAGCUUCACAAGGCCCCAAACUGAGGAAAGAUAAGAGCAGGAAAAGCUCAGUCUCUGGCUCCCAGGGGAACUGCUAUCCUCCCCCCACGCCCUAGAGCUUCCCAAAAAUCUCUGGGGGAGAAGGGGGGCAAGGUGUUGUUCGCAGAAAUCAAAGGCAAGGAGGUCUUCGAAGGGCAAGGCUCUCCUCUGCCUGGUUCCUGUAAGCUUGGCCCAGGAGGUAGCUGGAAAGAGGCCUAGGUGAUGCAGGGGAAGGAGUAAGGUAUUUGGAAUCCAAGGACUUGGAUUCAGAUUCUGAUUCUCUUCUUGUGUGACCAUGGCCUCACCUCUCUGGACCUCAUCUGAAAAAUGAGGGGCUUAGAAUAGGUGAUUCUGAAGGUCUUUUCAUUUCUAAGUCAUAUAAUUCUGUUCCUGCGCCCAUACUAUUCCUCUCAUACUAUAUUCUGCCCCAUCCCACCCCUGGCACUGCCCUGUCCUACCCCUGGGGGUCAAGGCCAUUACCCCCACUACCAGAAGCUUACCCCUCAGCCCCAGCGCUGACCAAGCCUCCUUGGGGAACUCCUGAUCCUCCUGGUGCCCUGAAUCUAGAAUCCCUAGAGAGCAUUCCCUCUCAAGGGGCUCCAGGUUCUGGGGGUAAAACCUGCAUGGUGGUGGGAAAAAGGUUCUCUGACUGUCCAUGAACGCUCAGGUUUGAGCUAGGGAGUUGGGAAACUGAAGGCCCCUCUUUUCCUCAUGCUGUGAUGCUCUGAUUCUACAUGGAAGUUCUAAUAAAGGAUAAUUGAACCCAAAA